CCCGGGGCUGUUUGGAGAGGGGAGAGACCAAGAGAGCAGCUUUGCAGGAGUGUAGCCGGAGGCAAAUCUGGAUAACAGGAGGCAGCAAAGCAGAAAAGAGGCGGGAAGGAGCUAGCGGGAGAGGAGGAAGAAGGCGUCCUUGCACUGGAGGCCGCAGGUGAGAGACUCAAGAAGACAAAGCAACCUCGAGGAAGAAGCGCGACGGAAGAAGCACAGUGUCGCCAUGGCGACCUCUGUGUUUUCUUUUUCCCCUGCAGUCUCUCACCGCUUCUCUGCAAGGCUUCCAACUCUGCUCAGAAACUUUGCUGUUCGCCAGCGCAAAGCCGAGAGCCCCCAGAGGACCCAGAAGGAAAGCCGACACCAGAGGCGGUUUCUUCGGGUGUAUAGCCGCUCCAGACAUGCGGAGACUCAGCUCCCCAUUGUGUGCGACGCGUCGAGGAGUCUUGUCAAGCCGCAGAGAAAGUCACACAGUCUGAGGCAAGCCAGACACAGAAGAGAAGAAGCGAACAGAGAACCAGGAGACAGAGGAGACAGAGAAGGAGACAGAGAAGGAGACAGAGAAGAUGUGGAGAGACGAAGUGGAGUGUUCGUCGCUGCGCCUCGGAGAUUCGUUCUCCAAAGUCAAGACACGCUGCCCUGGACAAUUCUCUCGACCGCAAGGUCUUCGUCAUCGUCACCUCCACCUCCUCUGUCUUCCACGCCCAGUCCGCUCUGUCGCUUCCAUCUCGUGAGAUGGUCCUCGUUCUCUUCUCUUUCUUCUUCCUCUUCUUCUUCCUCUUCUUCUUCCUCUUCUUCUUCCUCUUCUUCUUUCCUGUCUUAUUCAUCUCCUUCUCUUUCUCCCCGAGAUGGCGUUUCUCCUUUCUCUUCCUCUUCUGCCCCAACCUCCGCCGACCUCCGCAGCCGCGACCGCGCGCGACGCUGCGCCUCCCGCGCAGGCGGCACCGGACUCUCUGCGGAGACGCUCGGAGCCGGAGAGGGCAACGAGAGCGGAUCCAGGAGACAAGAAGGCCAGGGUGAGGAAGAGAGGUCGGAAGAAGCGCGGGCAGAAAGCAGUCAUGCUGCACAGAAUCCCCCCCGACCAAGCGUUCAUGUUCGCGACGAAACGCAAGAGAGAAAAGAAGAGGGGAACGAAGGAGGUUACAAUGACGCGACGACGGAUCGGAGACGAUUGGUUCCUGGUACAAAGGAGGCGGUGGAUCUCCCUCAGAUCGCUUCGCUGCAUGCGCUCUUGAAUCCGCUGGACACCCUCUCGCAUCAGGCGUCUCUCGUCCUCCUCCCUGGUUCCUCUCAAGUGUCUCCCAAUGCGUCUGCGGGUUCCGGUCCCCUCUCUUCUCUCCACGCCGGCAGGCUGUAUGUAAUUCACACUUUCCACUUCCAUCCUUAUGAGUUUCUCUUGCUCGAAGAGGCACUGUUUCGCCUUCUCAAUAACGCCAGCGCGUCCAAGUCCGUCAACGACGCCUCUGUUGCUUGCCUCUUUCUGCAUCAUCCCCCCUACUCGCCUACGCAAUCUUCCGCGCCUGUUUCCUCUUCUCUCUUUCCCUCUUCAUCCUCUUCUUCAUCCUCUUCUUCGUCCUCUUUUUCAUCCUCUUCUUCAUCCUCUUCUUCGUCCUCUUUUUCAUCCUCUUCUUCAUCCUCUUCUUCAUCCUCUUCUUCAUCCUCCCCUUCUUCUUCUCCUUCUUCAUCCUCCCCUUCCUCUCCCUCUUCUGCGCCACCUGUGAGUGUCAUCUUUGGACUCAGUGGCACUCCGUCUUCCUUCGUGGAGAAUCCGGAGGAGGUUCUGUCUGCCCAGAAGUCGGCGUAUAUUCGGAGAUUCUCGGGAGGCGGCACCGUAGUCAUGGACGAGACCUCGUGCCUCUGCACUUCGCUGCUUCUGCCGCACUCGCUUUCCCAAGCGCGGCCGUACCCCGGCGACUUCAUGCAGUUCGCGUUCGACUUUUAUCGCGGACGCAUGCGGCGGAAGGACUUGCGAGAGAACGGGCAAACAAACGAAACAGCAGAGCAGGCAGGAAAAAAGGAGACGGAGCUUCGAACGCAGUGCGCCGUCGUCGUGGAGGGACCGGACGUCGAUCUGAGGAGAAGCAGGGGACAUCGUGAGAAGGACAGCGGAGGAGAGAGGGAGAAGACGAGCACUGAAAAGAGAGAGGAGACAGAGAGAGAACAGAUGAACGAGCAGUUGUCAGAGGAGCACGGAAAGGAAGAUUUCUUCUUUUUCGUCGCGCCCUCUCGAUUUUCUUCAUCUGCGGACUCUGCCGCGAGCACUCCUGACCUCUCUCUUCCUUCUCCGUGGUCGUCUCCUCAGAGUGACACGAAAAACGCGACGCUUGAGAGCAAGGACGCUCGACGUCUUUCCUCUCCCUUCUCGUCCUAUUUCGCUCUUCGAGAAAAUGAUUUCGUCUUCAACGAAUCUCCACGCGUCUCUCCUUCUUCAUCUUCGGCCUCUCCUUCUUCUGAUUCGUCUUUCUCUCCUUCUUCCCUCGCCGUUUCUUCCCUCUCUCCUUCUUCGUGUCCUCUCUCUCCUUCUGUGGCUGCGUCUGUGCACUGGCGGAAGGUCGCGGGGAACGCCCAGGCGCUCUCUCGGCUGUACGGACUUCAACAUACGUCGUUUCUCUGGAGUCUUGCGUCGCUGCUUCCUACGAUGAGCUCCCUCCUCCGCGUUCCGGUCAAACAGCCCCAGUAUCGUGAGCAGCGUUCGCAUGCAGCUUUCCUGGCCGACGUCCAGCACGUCCUCAAGAGGCGAUUCCGCCUACCCUGGUGGCUAGCUGGGGAGAGCGUUCAGGACGCGGGAGAAAAGGCAGGCAGUGAAGAGGCAAGGCGCUCAACACCGAGAGGGAGCGUGCAGACCGAGGCGCCGGAGGCAUAUGGCCUCGGCAGAGAGCAGGCGGCAAACGAAAAAGCGAUUGAAAUUAGCAACCAGACAGACGUACUGCUGAGUCUCAGCGUGCUCGCUGAGGAGUUAGCCGCAGACAGAAACGCAGAGACUCUCGAGUCGAUGCAAAGGCGAAACGGUCAAACUCAACGUUCGCUUCUACGAGCUCACAGGAAAGAAGUGCGAGAAGAAGAACAAGAUGAAGACGCAAGUGACGAAGAUAGAGCCGAGAGAAAGGAGGUAGAAGGACGACUCUGGCGGUGUCUUCACUGCGUGGUAACUCCAAAUGACACAGUGCCUGCAGAGUUCGUGCGACAGUGGCGGCGGGUGUACGUACACCCGAAGCGCGUGGCUCCGCGCGGUCGGGAAGGGUGCGAUAAUGAAGCAGACAGAACUGGCAACGCGGGAGACGAGGCAAAGCAGACUUCCUCUGACAGAAGAGUUCGCCAGACGCAGCGAGCGCUCUACCUCUUGCGAGUCGCCGUCGCACGAGAAGCCGUCCAUGAGCUUGUCUCCGGAAAAGUUAAGCCUUAUCGAUCAACGCGUUUCAUGGACUCCGCCGGCCGCCAGCUCCACGACGAGGCUUACAGGAGCCUCCUAGAGGUAAACGGCGUGGUGCCCCUGUGAAGGAGGCGAGGGAACGAAGGAGAAAGACGUCCUGUGUUGUCUAUUGCAGCUUCGAUGGUCUUUUUCCUCGCUCAAGAGGUCCAGGCUGACACCUGUGGAGUGCGGAGACAGAGGGCGAAGGUGGAUCUUGCAAAGGAGCAGGGACGCGCGUUUUCCGACCUCUUCGCUCGCGCGGAGUUGUCUGUCAUGAAGACGCCACACCCGCUAUUGUUCUGCUUUGUGUAGCUGUUCGUCCUCGGCGUGACUCUCCCAAAUCCCCCGUCUCUCUCAGCCCUGUCAGGUGCUAGAACCUCAGAACUGGCGAAGCCUCUUCUCUGGUUUCGCGUGUCACUUUCAUUUACCGCAGGGUCUGCGAACGUAUGCGGCAGUUGUUAGAGUUUACCUGGGCGCUGGCUCGCAUCUGCGACAAAAAAGUCAUCCAUCUGCAUGUAUACGCGCAUGCAGCGACACAGCGAUUCACGUCGUGCGUAGUCACACGCAUUUACGUGGUACCGUGCGAUCUACAGAGUAGACCUGGACGCUAUGGACCUCAGCGUUCUGCAAAGUGGAGUCCGCGAGCGAAGCAGACGCAUUUCAGCGAGUUCAGUUUUGUGUCAAGUCUAGGUGAAAUCGUGCAGGGACUAUCUGCAAGUGAAAUGAGUCGGCAGCAAGAAAUAAAUAAGCGUUUUGCUCCAGCCAAUCUGAACUCGUGACGUCUUUGAUGUGCAUCUGUCCAUGCUGGUUAGGUUUCUUGUGUCCAUCAGUUUCUCACUGCGUACUAACGAACAGACCAGAAGGGGUCUGUGUAGUAAGCGUCC